CACACGGGUGCAUUUCAUCAUUCCGCCUCUGACUUCGUCCGACCUCGAAGACCAACAGCUUCACCAUAGCUACGAACAUCUUCGUGCCACCUCCCCCUCUGCUUCACCCCACUCGGUCUCUGCAGCUCCCAAGUACCUGCACCCAACGUCGUCGCGCAUCCUUCUCCGCUUCUUAACUCCACGAGCGAAAAAUCCCUUCCGAGCUACUUGGAAGGCCACGACUCGAGAAGAAGAAGCUGCACUGCGAAAGAGCAGUGAAGGAGAGAUCCAGAAGAAUAUUAUCGUCGGAAGCGCUAACACGCGCACUUACACACGCCUGUCAUGAUGUCUGGGGAAGCAUGGCUGUACCUGUUGGCGGUAUUGAUCAACGCCGUCAACCUGUUCCUACAAGUUUUCUUCACGAUCAUGUAUAGUGAUUUGGAAUGUGACUACAUCAACCCUAUCGACCUCUGCAACCGUCUCAAUACAUACAUCAUCCCAGAAGCCGCCGUCCAUGGCUUCUUGACCUUCCUAUUCCUUAUCAACGGGUACUGGCUUGCACUAGUACUCAAUCUCCCACUCCUCGCGUUCAAUGUCAAGAAAAUUGUGGACAACGCACAUUUACUUGACGCCACAGAGAUCUUCAGGAAACUCAAUGUUCACAAGAAGGAAUCAUUCAUCAAGCUUGGCUUCCACUUGAUUAUGUUCUUCUUCUACCUCUACUCUAUGAUUGUGGCCCUCAUCCGCGACGAGUCGCAUUGACUUGCUUCCAACAUCAACGACAAGUAUAGGAUGGAAGCAUGAGACGGGAGGAUACCAAGGCGUAAGAUAGUGAGAGUUGGAAAAGAUGGUGGCAUGCUGGGGACGAGGAGUUGUGGUGGUAGGCGAAUCAAGAACCGAGAAAGAUGUACAGACUUUGGACAGCUAGGAUAAUCAGUAUUUGUGGAAAUUUUUCGGGAACGACUAGACAUGAGGUUUCGGCGGCUGGGAGUCCUGUGCUUCAUUUGGUGUGCUGAGCGGCAUGGCAUUUCCAUACGGGGCUUCGUUAUGAGGGUCAUGCGUGGAUAGAUACCUGAGCAUGCUGGCGAUAGCAUGCUUCCAAUAAUGAUUCAGCUUUAUAAUGGUGCU